AUGACUUCGAAGUCUAAGCCCGCCAUGAAUCCCACAGUGGAGGAUGAAGCCAACGAUACCAACCCCAAUCCAAAAGAUACUCCAACUCCCAAUGCAAAUGAGACGGUCGCUUGGUCGGAGAUCUUCUCCCGCCAUGAAGCUGUCCUCUGCUCUCAUCUCGAGAUGCUCAGCAUGGUGAAGGAGCAGAUUGCUCCAGAUCUCAAUGGCCUUCAGACGGUCUCGUCAAUGGUGAACAAAACAGUACUGGCGAUGAACCAGCUGAAAGUCGCUAGAAAGCAUAUGAUGAGCAAAAACGCCACGCCUUCAAUAUCUGCCUCCUCCAACACCACACAGUCCACUGACACAGAGGCCAAUACUCACAAGAAGAGACGAAGAGUUUCACGAGACAAGGACACAGCCCAUCCUGAGCCCACGGACGAAAUGCGCGCCCCCAAACGAUACCGCGAUUCUUCCUCCCAGCCAACACCCGAGCAAGAAGAAGAGUAUACGUCGAUUUCGCUUGGAACAGAGGAUAUCUCAGCAGAAGUCCAGCGACGGCUGAAAAUCAAGGAGGAGCAACGCCUGAAGAGAGAAAACCCCAAAGCAGAUAAGCGCAAGCGCGAAAGUCUCGUGUCGAAUGAGGGUGAAUCGUCUGUUGGAUCGAGGCCUCGGAAGAAACGACUUAUGAUUGCGCAUGGGCACAAGAGACAUGGUGAUUUGAUGGAUAAUGACAUGGAUUCUGCAAAGAAGAAGCGACGCAGAUCGCCUUGA